AGCCUGUUGAUCCAUUUUAGGGUUUUUUUUUGCAACGAAAAUUUCCUGGACAACGGAAAAGUCGCUGUUUUCUUUAAGCUGGCUCUUCGAGUCCUGGUUUAUCAUGUAUGAAGUUAAACCACAAACACACAAAGGAAUAUCUGUUUUUUAGGGUUAAUUUCGCUGUUUUGUGCUCCGGUGACGUUAGCGAAGUUUUUAAUUCGAGCAACAGUUUAGAGCUGAUAAGGAGGCGACCAUGGACUGGGGAACAGACCUCUGGGACCAGAAUGAUGUCAUCGAGAAGCACACACAGUCAGGCCUGGACCUGGUGGAUAAAUACAUCAAGUUUGUAAAGGAGCGCACGGAGAUCGAGCAAGGCUACGCCAAGCAGAUAAGGAAUCUAACAAAGAAGUAUAGCCCAAAACGAGGCAGCAAGGAGGAGCAGGAAUGCAGAUUUUCAAACCACCAAGCUUUCCUGGACAUCCUGAACGAGAUGAACGACUAUGCAGGACAGAGGGAGCUGAUCGCUGAGAACAUGAUGAUGAACAUCUGCAUCGAGCUCACCAAAUACCUGCAGGAUCUCAAACUAGAGCGCAAGUCGCAUCUGUCUGAGGCCAAAAAAGCUCAGCAGGGGUUAGAGUGCACCUACAAGCAGCUCGACAGUAGUAAAAAACGCUUUGAAAGGGAGUGGAAGGAAGCGGAAAAGGCGGCGCAGUAUGCAGAAAAGACAGAUCAGGACAUCAAUGCUACAAAAGCAGAUGUGGAAAAGGCUAAACAGCAGGCUCAUAUGCGUACACACAUCGCAGAAGAGUGUAAGAACGACUACGCUGCUCAGCUGCAGAAAUACAACAAGGAGCAGAACCAGUUCUACUUCACUGACAUGCCACAAAUCUUCAAUAAGCUGCAGGACAUGGAUGAAAGGCGUGUGCGGAAGCUAUCACAAGCCUACAUCCUGUUUGCCGAUACGGAAAGGCAAGUCAUGCCAAUCAUCGGGAAGUGCCUGGAGGGCAUCACCAGAGCUGGCACCAGUGUUAAUGAGAAAAAUGACUCCAUUGUUCUCAUAGAGCAGCACAAAUCAGGUUUUGAGCGUCCUGGCGAUCUAGAGUUUGAGGACUACAGUCAGGGCAUCAACCGAGCCUCAUCUGACAGCAGCCUGGGCACGCCCAAAGGCCCGCUGGAUCUGCUGGGCAAAAACAAGAGCAAACCUUUCUGGCUGUUCAGUAAGAAGAGCAAGCCUUCCUCUUCCCCACUCACGCCCUUCUCCACACCCCCCGCCCCCUCACCUGCUAACGGACCCCCUUCCCCCAAGUUUGCCCGGGAUCCCCUGUCCUACUGUUUGAAGGAGAUCAAUAAGACAGUCAAGCCGCGAAUCUCGUCCUUCCGGACCCUUCGCCGAACGAAGUAUACCCUGGAGAGGAUCACGCCGGCUGCCACAGAGGAUUUUGGUCAUCUUCCCCCAGAGCAGAGGAGGAAACGACUGCAACAGAAGAUCGAUGACAUCAACAAGGAGCUGCAGAAGGAACUAGACCAAAGCGAGGCUCUGGGGAAGAUGAAAGACGUUUAUGAGAAAAAUCCCCAGAUGGGCGAUCCUGCUAGUCUGGCACCGCAAAUCAACCAGACAACUCACAACAUCGAAAAGCUCAGAGGGGAACUUAACAAAUACGAGUCAUGGCUCGCAGGAGCCGGGGGAAGAGGAGACCCCACUCUUCGCUACUCCACUCACUCCCUGAACAACAACGGUGGCCACAAUGCAUACAGUCCUGAUGGAGCCCAUUCAGACGAGAACACCCCCGACCCCUCUCAGGCCAUCUACGCCGAGUUUGAUGAUGACUUCGAGGAAGAGGAACUGUCUGCUCCCAUCGGCCAAUGCACAGCGCUGUACAACUUCCCAGGCUCUAGCGAGGGCACGAUCUCCAUGCAGGAAGGCGAGGUGUUGGCCGUAGUGGAGGAGGACAAAGGUGACGGAUGGACACGAGUGAGGCGAAACAACGGAGAUGAAGGCUACAUCCCUACCUCCUACGCCAACAUCACACUCAACAAGUGACCCAGACAGUGCUGUCCCUGACACGAGGAGCAACUCCCCAUCAUCACGGCAUAUCAUUUGGCUCAGAACACUGCAGAGAAAGAGAAAAAGAAACAUGCCAUGCAUCUGACAGAUUCCCGUCAGGUCAGCCAAAAAGAGCAUGAGAAUGCUGUUAGCGUUUUUUGUUCAACCCCCCCUUGUUCUCCUCCUCCUUCUUCUUCUACUUGUCUAGACGCCUGAGCUGCAGUGAGCGUAUAUACAUGCUUGAGCUGCUGUUCGGGUCUCGCUCGGCCUGUGAGACAUCAGCUGUCUGCCAUCAUCAAACAAAGACGAACCACAGGGGAGGAUGUUUGAGUGCUGUAGCCGAACAGGACGUACGCUCACAACACACAUUUUGCCAAGUGUGUAUGUGGAGAGAAUGGCAAUGCAGUCUGGUGCUACAAGGAGGAGGACAAUAAUUAACCGUAACACUUCUUUCUCUCUGUCCUUGAUCAAAAAGCCUUUAGUUUCUCGGCCUUCGCGUUUAAACGUUCCUUUUAACGGACACACAGACCAACGAGCACCGAACCUUUGCAAACGCUUGCCUGUAUGUUCAUCUAUAACAGAACGAAUGUGUGUGUAUGUUGGAGAGAGCGAGCUGUAUGAACCAGUUAGAAUGGUUUAAACUUUGUUUUAGACAAAAUAUAAAAAAAAAAAUAUAUUUUUUUUUCUUAAAAUUAAAACGCUACACACUCUGCAGUACAAAAGUUUUAAGACAAUCACCGUAGACAGGUUUAGUUUAAAUGACUGCUUUUUACAAACCAUGGCUGCAUAUUACACAAAUACGAUAAUGUUUGGGAAAAAAAAUCAUAAUUUAUUGUGUGUGUGGUCACAAUUGCACAAGUUGUAACUGUAUACACAAACACACACACACACACACACACACACACAGCAAAAAUCACAGUUUAUCAACAGCUAAGGUGUAAAUUAAAAAAAAAAAACAGCUAUAAAAAGAUGUGCCAUGUUUGAACACGUCCAUAUUUAUAUAAUGUAUAAAAUAUAUUUUAGAUAUCGUGACACCACUUUUGUCCACCGGCUUUUUAUGCUUAAGGAAUAAAAUAUUGUGUAGUCUCA